AUGAGCGUCAGCGUAGAGCCACCACUGCACUUUAGCCAGCAGCUCUCCAGCCCGCCACACUCACCAAACCCCGUACUUCAUGCGCAGACGCCAGCUUCUCCUCCACCGCCGCCGCCACCGCCUGCAGCCGAAUCGAACAUGAGCACCUCCACUUCCGCGAACACAAUGCCUUCUACGGGCCAAAACCACGAUCGGGGCGAUGCAGACAUGCAAGAUGGAGAUGAGCCCACCCAUCGCGAUGCUUCUACGAACACCAUCGCUGUCGAUAUCUCGGCUAUAAAUGAGGACGCUAUGGACGUUACACCGGAUGCCGAGACGGAGCCGUUACCACAGAACAGCCCGGCUGAAGCACAAGAAGCUACUAUUACUUCACCCACAUCGCCUGCGCCAGAGCAAACGACAGCGACCAUCAUUCCCAUAGAGCCUCCUCCACCCGUAGACCUCGACGCACUACCUCCCCCUGUCGAUCCAAGCACACAGCCCCCGCCUCCGCCGCCACCAGUCGACCCCCCUCGCUCUGAUUCAGGAUCCGACGACGACGACGAUGGCCUCCCGCCGUGGCACGCACUUCCAGAAGACUUGUCAUCGCCUGACGAGGACGAAGUGAAGAUGAUCGAGGAGAGGGGUGAACACAGUGCUCUAGACCACGAAUACUGGGAGAGCGAGGCGUUCAAACCUUUAGAUCACCCGGAGUAUACCGCCGGUGAAGCAGGACGUAUCCACUGGGCAAUCGACGCGUAUAAUGGAACCCAGGAAAAGCCGAACCAUGAAGUGCUUAUGAAGUCUGAUGUCGUCACGAUUGGGGGCCACCAAUGGCAGAUCAAAUUUUAUCCUAAGGGGAACGAUUCAGAUUAUCUAAGCGUCUAUCUCGAAUGCCUGAGCGUUCAGGACUCGAAGGACGACAACAAUGAGGACGCGCGCAAAGACAUGCACGGCGAAGAGGCCUCUGAGCCAAGUGGAGAGAAGAAGGCUGACGAAGCUAUGGUCAUGUCCGAACAUGCGCCAGCAGACGAUCCGACAGGCGUGUCGCUUCAGCAAGAGACGUCUACGCAAGAGCGCAGUGAAAGCACCAAGUCGGAAGACGUCCAGGCACCAACCGCACUAGUCGUCUCUCAACACUCGCCUCUUCCGCUUCUUGGAUCGAAACAAAUGCCCAAGCGGAAUAGCGUUGCCGCGCAGAUAUCGGUCGUUCUCUACAACCCAACAGAGCCUCGCGUGAACUACUCGCGUAAUGCUUUACAUCGCUUCUGCAAUGGAUCUCCUGAUUGGGGCUGGACUCGUUUCCACGGACCGCACUACGAUAUUUCUCGUCGUCAGCAUGGUCAGCGCAUGGCGCUUCUUCGUGACGACAAACUUGCCUUCACUGCCUACAUUCGGGUCGUAGAAGACCAGACGGAUUGUUUAUGGGAGCAUCCCAUUCGUGAGAAUCCGUGGGAUAGUUUUGCAAUGACGGGCCUGCAAGCUCUCAUGCUUUCACCCGGCGGGAACAUGAUGUCUGCGGUUGCCUCGUGGAUGCUGUUCAAGCCCUUUCGAAACUUGUUGUACAGCAUCGUCGUUGCGGACCCUAGCAAGGAGCCUUUCACUCGACCGAAGCCACUCAUCAACGCUUUACAGCAAGUCCUAUACUCGCUUCGCACUCAAGUCGAGCCUGGAGCUGGUCCAGUCGCCCUUGAUGGCAUUCUGGAUGCACUAGAGUGGUACCGCAUACACGAUGGCCUCCACAAGUUGGAUGUGAUAGAGACUUGGGAAGUCUUGCGCCUAAAGCUCGAAGAAGAACUUCAAGGGACACCUCAGGCCGCCCAGCUAAAUGCCAUAUGUGGACCAAAGCGCGACUAUUCCAUCGGGAGACCCAGCUACCGCGUACCUGUGGAAGGUGUGGAAAGUAUGCAGCGCGCUGUCAACGAAUCGGCUGAUUUCACUAUACCUGGACAGCCUCUGCCGGAGUUGUUGACAAUCGAGCUGGACCGGCACAAAUUCGACAGCGCGAAGACGCGUUCGCACAUCAAGGUACUGAACAAAGUGACCCUUGACGACCGGAUAUCAGUUGGUGACACUCCCUACACACUGUAUGGAUUUGUUGUGCAUAAGCAAACACUUCAGUCCUAUAUAUACCAGCCCAUACUUCGACCCGAAGGCCCUGGUUCACGAUGGUAUAUCUACAGUGAUAGCAAAGACGAGAGCCAAGUCAAGUGCCUUCCCAAGCGCGAGGCAGUCGAUGCGCAUGAAGGCAAGCCUAGUAGUACUCAGAUUACUGGCAACGACGCCGUGGCAUACAUUGCCAUGUAUGUGCGAGACGAUGUAGCUCAGUCGGUAUUCGUAUCAGACGCCAAAUCCGAGCAGUGGGAUGUCCCGGAGUGGCUCAAGCUGGAAGUAGAGGCCAAGAAGAACCAAUCUUCUCUUCCUCCAAUGCCAUCAUUACCAACGCAUGAGCCGAACUCUGCGAUAGAUGAAGAGAAGGCAGAGAAGGUCACAGCGCAGCCACCCAAGACACUCGAUUUUCGCGUAGUUGAUUCACGAGUAUACCUAGAGCACGAAGGUCCAGGUAUAUUCGAUUUCUUUGAUGCGAAGUGCGAAGGCUCAGAGCUCAUCCACACAUUGACGCUAUCAAGCAAUGACGGAUGCAAAGAAAUUCGCCAAAAGUUGUUCGGCCUUUUGAAGAACGUCAAGGACCCACGACAGAUAAAGUUUUGGUUUCUAGAUCCCACGCAAGGAUCUCUGGACCGACCGAACCUCCUCGGUACUGGACUCAUUGAGUUUUCAGCCGGUAGCUACAGCCCGCACAUAGAUGCCAAGGAGUGGACUCUGGAGUCGCCAGAUUACCGGAGCAUCUGGGUACACGUCACCGACUUCGAGAAGCUGCCUGAGCUCCCGAAAGAGGAGAAAGAGGCUCCAGAGGCUCCAUCGCUCCAGGCGGGUGAAGUUGCGGCAGAUAUCAUCCAAGUUGUCGAGACCGUAAUCGAGCCUUCCAGUACCCCGCCGCCACCACCACCGCAGAUGACUUCACAUUCGGAGGAUACGCUUAUGAGCGACCCUGAUGAGCCCGCUGUUGCGCCUUCAGAACAACGCAACGAUACUGCUAUGCUGGAAGUGGAGUCAACUCCAGCCGUUGAUCCACCGGCUGUUGAUGUUGUAAUCCCAGGUGCCGGUCCCAGCGACACCGAGAUGGGUGGCACACAAGAGGAUAUGCUGCUGCCACCACCUCCACCUCCGCCGGUUGAUACACCUGCGGAACCUCUACAACCACCCCCACCAGUGCGCAACCCCACUCCUGAACCACCUCCAGAUGAGAUUUAUUUCUUUCUCAAAUUCUGGAACGCGGAAAAGCAAGCCCUAGAAGCUCGUGGAUCGCAUACUACGCUUAAGUCUGCUAGAUUGGAUGACACGAUCGUGGCAUUGCUUGAAAUUCCAACGGAAGACAAGAAGAAGAUGGAGAUGUGGGAGGAGGACGAGCUGACUAACACGCGAUCACUGAAGCAUCGCCGUACCUUUGCGCAAGUGGAUCUACACAACGCGUGUAUCAUCAUCGUUUCGUUACCGCUCUCGGCUGAUAAGCGUAACGAACUCGCCGCUCGCGCUGCCCUGGCAGACCCUCAAUCCUACCUCCAGUUCCGCGCUUUCGCUCGCAACUUCCCACACAAGUUACAAGGCCACUUCACCUACGACUAUUUCUCGAGCGAGUACUACAAAGGCGAAGUUCUGAAUGGCUAUCCCCAUGGCCAUGGUACUAGAAUAUAUCACUCUGGCGCUACAUAUAGCGGCUCCCUCCGCCUAGGCCAACGCUACGGUCAUGGUUUAUACACCUUCCAGAACGGCGACACGUACGAUGGUGACUGGGUCGACAACCAGCAGCACGGCACUGGGACUUAUGUCGAGGCCGCCAGUGGCAACACAUAUGUAGGCGGGUGGCAGAACGACAAGAAGUUCGGCGAGGGCGUUACGCACUGGAAGAACGCUCAAGAAUCGGAGAAACUCUGCAGGAUUUGCUGGGAAGGUGACGCCGAAGCUGCUUUCUAUGACUGCGGUCAUGUGGUUGCUUGCCUGCCGUGCGCACGGGAAGUGCAGACUUGCCCCGUGUGCAGGAAGCGAGUGUUGAGCUCUAUAAAGUUGUACUACGCGGCCUAG